GCCUCUCCCGGGAAUAUGCAAAUCACAUCCUCCAGUGCGGGAGGCCUUCCUUUGUCCCGCGCUAGGAUUAUGCAAAUGAGCGAGCCUCCAGCGCGGGGGAUCCGGGCCGAGUAUUUAGGCCCCCUCUCCCCUCAUUCCAAGGCAUCCACUAUUUAUAAGGCGCGUUCGCUCUACCGCGCGCGCACGCACGCACGCGCGAUUCUUGAAGCUUCUUCACCCAUCGGGCCGCAGACUGUACCAAGUCCAGCGGGGCCGUGAGCAGCAGAGCCCGCCACCCCCGCCGGCGUGAGCUCUGCAGCCUUCGCCAUCCUCUGAACCCCUCUUCCCACCGACCGCCGGGAAUGGUCCGUCUGACCGCGCACGCGCCCCUCGCUCGCCCCUCGCUCGCUCGCCCGUUCGCUCGCCCGCUCCCCUAGCCUCCCGAAACGCAGGCGCAGUGCCCGGGCGUGCAGCCGCCACCGCCGAGCCUGAUCCGGGGCCGCCGGCGUCCCACCCCUCUCUACCUGCCAACAUCCUGUAUUAGAGGAGCUUGUGGCUGGAGGUGUGACCGCGGGAGAGCUGGCCGGGGAGGGACCCUGCCCAGUCGCUGCUCUGCUCCUGUCUCUUGUCCCCUCCCCCCCGCCAUGACAGAGACCCGUGAACCCACUGAGACUGGAGGCUACGCCAGCUUGGAGGAAGAUGAUGAAGACCUUUCCCCAGGCCCGGAGCAUUCUUCUGACUCUGAAUACACUCUUUCAGAGCCCGACUCUGAGGAGGAGGAGGAGGAGGAAGAGGAAGAGGAGACCACUGAUGACCCCGAAUAUGACCCUGGCUAUAAGGUGAAACAGCGAAUAGGUGGGGGCAGGGGUGGCCCGUCCCGCCGAGCCCCCCGAGCAACCCAGCCUGCUGGCCCACCUGCACAGCCUUGCCAGCUCUGCGGCCGAUCAGCGCAGGGAGAGGCCCCGCCGGGUACCCCACCUUGCCGACUCUGCUGCCCUGCGACAGCAACCCAAGAAGCCCCAGGCCCUGAGAGCAGGGCUCUUGGAGAGGAAGAGGAGGAACCGUCUCGCACUGGGGAAAAUCGGCCAGCAGGGCGGGAUGGGGACGAAGAUGAGGAGGAGGGGGGCACCUACCACUGUACGGAGUGUGAGGACUCCUUUGACAACCUCGGGGAGCUGCAUGGCCACUUCAUGCUGCAUGCCCGGGGUGAGGUGUAGGAGGGGCCACCAGAGCGUUGGUAGAGGGGUAAGGGGAGCAGGGCUGAGGAAGCUGGAAUCGGCGCUGGGGGUCCCGCCCGUCUGUGUUGUCUUAGCUGUAGUUAUGUGAAGGGCUGAAUAAAAGCCAGAUUCUACAUGUUGGCCCUGCAUA